AACCCUUAAAUUCCCCCCAAAUGAAAUCAUGCUACAAGAGCGGUGAGAAAAACCUCAGGUGGGGCCUCAUAGUAAGAGACAUUAGGACCGCAGUCUCUCCCGGACCAACGGUAAUCCGGACGCAGACGGAGGCAGCUUCUCAGAACGGCCUCGACUUCUCGCGGAUUUAUUUACAAACAAACCCUCUUCGCUCUUCCAUGGCGGCCUUUCAAACGGGGGACAUCGCCGCUUUCCAGACCAUUGAAGUGUCCAGCGAUGAGAAUGGGGCCUUCGUGCUUGCCGCAGAGGAGGAUGACAGGAGAGAAGACACGGAGUUCAACAACGAUGCAACCAUCCUCCUCAUCAAAUUUAUCAGGAGGCGUUACAAUGAACUACAGUACCAGCGCACGAGACCCCAGGUUUACAGGGAUGUUUAUGAAGAGCUCUGUAAACAUGGUUAUAAUUUCUCUGUUGAGAGAAUCAGAAGAAAAUGGAAUAAUCUCCUAGGAAGCUACAAGAGAGUUAAAAAGUUGAAGAAGACAAGAAAGCUACAGUGGGAAUACUAUCAGAUUCUCGAUGAUUUCUUGCCACCAGAAUUUGGGGAGGAAGGCACAGACAGUUACUCAAGGUAUAUGCCUGAGUCUCCCAGCUACACCAUUAGGGAUUCCUACACAGCCUCAUCCAGCUCGCAGAAUUUUCCGUCAUCAGUGACAGUCCAUGUCCCUCCACCAUCUGUUGGAAAAGAAAUAGAAAGGGGAACAAAACGACAGGCUAUGAUGGAACAAUAUGUGCAGCAGCUCAAGGAGAGGGAUUUCAACGAGGAAGCAUACAAAAAGAGAAAGGAAAAGAGAGAGAGAAUGAAAGUGAGAGCACUGAGAAAGAUCAGUAAAGAGCUGCAAAACAUUGCUAAAACCCAGUGUGAAAUCCUAAGUAAGCAAGAACAGAUACUCAUGUACAUAGAUAAUAAGAAUGUUUGAUUCUG